AUGCAAACAAAACUCUUGUUGAUAGUCAACAUUGUACUCGCCAGUGCAGCUCUUUUUGAUCCUGAAGAAGAGCUUGAUUCGGUAGGAAAUAAUAAUCAUCGAAGAUUGGUUUUUUCAGGUCGGGCUGAUAGAAUAUUUUGGAUAUCCAGCUGAAACUCAUGUCGCCGAGACCGAAGAUGGCUUUCUUCUGGACGUCCAUCGUAUUCCAUAUGGAAAAAACGACAGUAGCGCUGCAGAUCGACCGGUCGUAAUCUUUCAGCAUGGAUUUGGAGUUGCUAGUGACAGCUGGCUUGUCAAUCUUCCCAACGAAAGUGCUCCAUUUGUCUUUGCUGAUGCUGGUUUUGAUGUUUGGAUAGGGAAUUCUCGAGGAAACAAAUAUACAAACCAUAAGGAAUACACCAGAGCGAAUCCGGGUUUCUGGAAGUUUACGUAGGUGUUCAAUUGGCAUUUAGAGCAAAAUGAUGACAUUAAACAUAAAAAAAUGUUUUUAGCUAUGACCAAAUGGCCCAAUACGACCUUCCAGCACUCUUCGACCUCGUCGAAAACGUUACCGGCCAAUCCUCUGUCUACUAUGUUGGCCACAGUCAGGGUUGUUUCAUGAUGUUCGCCCGCCUCUCUUUUGAUCCCACGUUUCAUCAGCGAGUCAAAAAGUUCUUCGCUUUAGGGCCUGGGCCACAAAUGAAGCAUGUUGGUGGCCCCUUCAAGGUUCUUUGUUCCACUGACGCAGUUCCCGUACUCCACGAGGUCUGGAACGCGGCUGCUUACACCGAAAUGGGACUGGGACUGACUGAUCCAAGAAUCAUUGGCUUCUUGACUGACGCCACUUGCAGACUGCAGCUGGAAAAAGAGUAUUGCCAGACUGUGGAGUAUGUCAUCGUCGGCGAAAGUACAACCGAGAAUGUGACGAGAAUUCCGGUCUAUUUUAAGCACUUUCCGGCUGGCACUUCAACUGCGGCUUUGCAACAUCUUUGCCAAACUUCUAACUUUGGAGGCUUCAAUUACUAUCAGUACCCAACCUCUGAGGAAAAUCUUGAAGCCUACGGACAGGUAACCAAACCAUGACUGUACGAAUCUCAUUUUUAGCUGACCCCGCCAGCCUAUGAUGUGUCAAAGAUCAAUGCUCCAAUUUAUCUCUACUCUUCCCCAGCUGAUAUUGUCACCACCACUAUUGACCUGGACGAAUUUCUGCUUCCCCGCAUUAACAAGUCCGUUGUAAUUCAAGACAACAGAAUCACCGGAUUCAGCCACAUGGACUUCCAAUGGAGCUUGAAUGCCACUGAUUUGGUCUACAAGCCAAUCAUCAAGACUAUUCUGGAAGAUUUUUAA